GGACGCCCCGACCCGUGCGAGGGCCAGGUCAGCGCCGACUCAGCGAGGCGAAGCCAGGCGACCCCGGUGCGGCCAUGGCCUCGCUGCUGGGAGCUUACCCGUGGCCCGAGGGGCUCGAGUGCCCGGCCCUGGAAGCCGAGCUGUCGGAUGGGCUGUCGCCGCCGGCCGCCCCCCGCCCGCCAGGGGACAAGGGCUCUGAGAGCCGUAUCCGGCGGCCCAUGAACGCCUUCAUGGUGUGGGCCAAGGAUGAGAGGAAACGUCUGGCGGUGCAGAACCCGGACCUGCACAACGCCGAGCUCAGCAAGAUGCUGGGAAAGUCGUGGAAGGCGCUGACGCUGUCCCAGAAGAGGCCCUACGUGGACGAGGCGGAGCGGCUGCGCCUGCAGCACAUGCAGGACUACCCCAACUACAAGUACCGCCCUCGCAGGAAGAAGCAGGCCAAGCGCCUCUGCAAGCGCGUGGACCCCGGCUUCCUUCUGAGCUCCCUCUCCCGAGACCAGAAUGCCCUGCCCGAGAAGCGGGGCGCCGGCCGGGGGGUGCUGGGGGAGAAGGAGGACAGGGGUGAGUACUCCCCCAGCUCCGCCCUACCCGGCCUGCGUGGCUGCUACCACGAAGGGCCGGCAGGCAGCGGCGGCGGCGGCACCCCGGGCAGUGCGGACACCUACCCAUACGGGCUGCCCACGCCCCCGGAAAUGUCGCCCCUGGACGUGCUGGAGCCGGAGCAGACCUUCUUCUCCUCCCCCUGCCAGGAGGAGCAUGCGCACUCCCGCCGCAUCCCCCACCUGUCCGGGCCCCCUUACUCGCCGGAGUACGCCCCCAGCCCUCUCCACUGCGGCCACCCCCUGGGCUCCCUGGCCCUCAGCCAGUCCCCGGGCGUCUCUAUGAUGUCCACUGUACCCGGCUGUCCUCCGUCUCCUGCCUAUUACUCCCCUGCCACCUACCACCCUCUCCACUCCAACCUCCAUGCCCACCUGGGCCAGCUCUCCCCCCCUCCCGAGCACCCCGGCUUUGAUGCCCUGGAUCAGCUGAGCCAGGUGGAACUCCUGGGGGACAUGGAUCGCAAUGAGUUCGACCAGUAUUUGAACACUUCUGGCCACCCAGACUCUGCUGCAGGGGCCGUGGCCCUCAGUGGGCAUGCCCCGGUCUCCCAGGUGACACCAACGGGCCCCACAGAGACCAGCCUCAUCUCCGUGCUGGCUGAUGCCACAGCCACGUACUACAACAGCUACAGCGUGUCAUAGAGCGGAGGCAGCCAGUCCAGUCCUGCCUUGCCGUCCCCUCCUUCCUGCGCACUGAGCACGGCGGAGGGCAGGGCUACCAGA